AUGGGUUCAACGUAUUGGCUGGAUGAUGUUGAGUUUCCCGUUGGCCGACUUGGUAUAGUGAAGCAGAGAGUGGUAGGAUCAAUUAUUGGGUGCGGGGUCGAAGUUAGUCUUGAUGCUAAUAUUGAUGCUAAUGUCGAUGCUACUGCUCAUGCUCAUGCGAGUGUUGAUUCCUCCUCUUCUCUUCUCGUCUCUUCUCUUCUCUUCGCAUUCUAUGUGAAUUAUAACAUCGAUGGUUGA